AUGAGUACCUUGAGUUGGAACUGCCGUGGCUUGGGUAAUCCACGGACAGUUCGUGAGAUUGAGGACAUGGUGUCCUGUAAGAAACCCGACUUUGUAUUUCUAAUGGAAACCAAGGUUAGCCGAGAUCAUGCUGAACGACUUCGGAUUAAACUUGGUUUCGAUGGUCUCUUUUGUAUUGAUAGUUCUGGAUUGAGUGGAGGUUUGACUCUGUUGUGGAGAGCAAAUAAUACGGCAAGGUUGAUGAGUUAUUCCAAAAACUAUGUGGAUGUUGAAGUGAGUAUACCGGGAUGUGAUAAAUGGAGAAUGACGGGAUUUUAUGGCUUUUCGCAAAGGGGUCAACGGAGAGACUCUUGGGACCUUAUUCGUACUUUAGCUGGCAGAUCAGAUCUACCGUGGGUAAUGAUUGGUGACUUUAAUGACUUGUUAUUCCAAUCUGAGAAGAGAGGUGGAAACCCCCAUCCUGAUAGUUUGCUUCAUGGUUUUGGUGAGACUAUAGAGGAUUGUGGUUUAGCGCAUAUGCCAAUGACUAGAUAUCUGUUUACUUGGGAAAAAGGAAAAGGCACACCAAAUUGGAUAGAGGAAAGGUUAGACAAAGUUUUGGCUAACCAGAGUUGGCGUGAGAAGGUGUCGGAUGCUAAUGUGCAGAAUAUAUUGACCCGAAAGUCGGAUCAUUCUGCUCUUUUCCUUGGGAUUCUGAAUCUUCGGGAAAGGAGGGGUGGUUUGAAAAGAGGGUUUCGUUUUGAAAUGGCAUGGUUGCAUGAUGAAGGAUGUAGAGAAGUGGUGGAAAAGUCAUGGAAUGAAGGUGGAGGAAGGAAUUUGCAGGAAUGUAUUUCUUAUUGUGGAAAUCGUUUAGCGUGUUGGGGAGGAGAUCGAUUUCAUAAGUUUGGUGAACGAAUAAGGAACCUACGGAAGGAGCAGUUACGUCUGAGGGGGUGUAGUGACCCAGCAUCAUUGGCUGAAUUUCAACGAUUAGAGGAGUGCCUGAAUCGUAUUGAAGCACAGGAAGAUGCAUACUAG